AGGAACGCGCAUACUGCGGAGUUCAGGCGAGGAGAGGGAUGACAGGCAAAGAACGGAGAGAAGAACAUUGAAACACAGCGCGCAGUUAACAACCGAAAUCAGCGGCUGUCCGUACCACCGCUAUCCACGGCUGCAGUGACAGCGACCGACUCGGUCGUCCCGAUAGAUAAGAUAUUGUGGAUUUUACAGUCACGCGUUCCCCCUGAACGUUUCGAACUGGAGACUGGAGACUGGGUUUGACCAUGCUGACGAUACACUCUUUUCAAACCGGGGUUCUCGGUGCUUUCCUUGCGAUGGGGACACUGUGGGGAUUCAGUUCAGCACAAGGCGAAGCACGUGAUACUCCUCAGCCCUCCUCCCCACCAUCUCCUCCACCUCCCACAGAAGGAGUCGCGGUGCAGAGUGGGAGGGGGGCUCCCUCUAGAGGCCAGGGCAUCCUGGAGUCCGUCCUGGCUCAGAGGGACCACCUUCUCUCCCAGAAGGGGUCGGUGUUCCCCACGGCCCUGCCUGCGGACCUGUUGCCCAUCCUGGGAAAGGGUCUGGGGUCUGGUGUCCUCUCCCCAGAGCAGGAGAUCCGGAAAAGACUGCAUCCCGCUCACAACAACAACCCCUCGCCUACCUCCCCCCCGGCCCCCGACAACCCCCCCGACCCACAAUCCCCUUCACCUCCUGUGUCACUGAAGACGGACCCCCCAACACCCCCAACGCCCCCAGUGUUGGAUGAUGGCCCCUCUCUCACAAUUGCUCCAGCUACCACUGUAGAGCUGGACACAGUUUCAGCUGCGUCACGCUGCAUGGUAAAUUUCUCGGAUCCAGAAGGCUAUAUUGAUUCCUUGGAUGACCCUCCCCUUCCAGAGGGUGCUUUCCUGCAGUGUAUUUACACAGUCACUGUCUACACGGGCUACGGAGUGGAGCUGCAGGUGAAGAACGUCAAUCUGUCAGAAGGGGAGCAGCUGUCCAUCAGGGGUGUGGACGAGGGCGGGGCUCUGCUGGUGCUGGCCAAUGAGACGCUUCUGGUGGAGGGUCAGGUGAUCCGCAGUCCGACCAAUACCAUCUCGGUGUUCUUCCGCUCCUUUGUAGAGGGAGGCAUGGGGACGUUCCAGCUUCACUAUCAGAUCUUUCGGCUCAGCUGUGCCCUGCCCCGGAGGCCACACUUCGGGGAGGUGUCCGUCCUGGACCUGCACCCUGGAGGCACAGCCCGCUUCCACUGUCACAUGGGCUACCACCUGCAGGGGGCGCCAGAGCUCAUCUGCCUCAACACGUCCCUGCCCACCUGGAGCGGCCAUGAGCCCAGCUGCAGGGCUCUGUGUGGGGGCUCGGUGAAGAACGCCACCGUGGGCAGAGUGCUGUCCCCCUCCCCCCAGCCCAGUGCUAACAGCACGCAGGGCCGGAGCUGCUCCUGGUCCCUGGAGGCCCCCACGGGCCAAAGGCUCCACCUCCACCUGGAGAGACUCGCGCUGGGACCCACCGACAGGCUGGUACUAUGGAGCGGUCUAGAUGCCGGCUCUGUGGUUCUGUUUGAUUCGGGUCGGGGAGCCCCAAUCCCGUUUGAAGGAGUGAUCAGUGAGGGCCCGUCCGUCAGAGUCCAGUUCAUCACUGACCAGCCAAACCAUGCCUCAGGCUUCAACAUCCGCUACGAGGCGUUUGAGAAGGGGCACUGCUACGAGCCCUACCUGCAGAAUGGGAACUUCAGCAGCUCGGACCCUGGGUACGGGGUUGGGACGGUGGUCCAGUUCAGCUGUGACCCAGGGCACUCCCUGGAGCAGGGUCCCCCAAUCAUCGAGUGCAUCAACUCCCGGGACCCGUACUGGAACGACACUGAGCCCCUGUGCAAAGCCCUGUGUGGGGGGGACCUGUCCGGUCCCAGCGGGGUCAUCCUGUCCCCAAACUGGCCAGAGUGGUACGGGGAGGGGGAGGACUGCAGCUGGAGGAUCCACGUCGGCGAAGACAAGCGCAUCCUGCUGGACGUACAGCUGCUGAACCUGAGUGACAGCGACAUGCUGACCAUCCUGGACGGGGAUGAGGUCACCACGCGUAUCCUGGGCCAGUACGUCGGGGGCACCAGUCCCUUUAAGCUGUCCUCCUCCACCCCGGACCUCACCAUCACCUUCCACUCCGACCCGGCCGGGCUGGUCUUCGGCAAGGGAGAGGGCUUCAUCAUCAACUACAUGGAGGUGUCCCGGAACGACUCGUGCGCAGACCUGCCUGAGAUCCAGAAUGGCUGGAAGACCACAUCCCACACUGCCCUGGUCCGCGGGGCCCGAAUCACCUACCAGUGCGACCCCGGAUACGACCUGGUCGGCAGGGAGACGCUGACCUGUCAGCUGGACCUCAGUUGGAGCACCCAGCCCCCCUUCUGUGAGAAGAUCAUGUACUGCUCAGACCCUGGUCACGUGGAGCACUCCACCCGCUCUCUGUCCGACCCGAAGCUGCUGGUGGGCACCACCAUCCAGUACAGCUGCAAUCCCGGCUACGUCCUGCAGGGCAGCGCCAUACUCACCUGCUACGGCCGCGAGCCCGGAACCCCGGUGUGGACCUCCCGGCUGCCCCACUGCGUCUCUGAGGACUCGGUGUCGUGUGAGAACCCUGGCUUGCCAGAGAACGGCUACCAGAUCCUGUACAAGAGGUUGUACCUUCCUGGAGAGUCCCUCACCUUCAUGUGCUACCCCGGCUAUGAGCUCAUCGGGGAGAUUGCCAUCAAGUGCAUCCUGGGAAACCCCUCCUUCUGGAGUGGGCCACUGCCGCUAUGCCGGGCCAACCACGACUGCUUCGGUAACCAUGCUUUGGAGGUGGCAGAGGCUGCAGCAGACUCAUCUCUGGAUGGAGGGAACAUGGCUCUGGCCAUCUUCAUCCUGGUGCUCCUGCUGUCUGUCCUGCUCGGCGGAGCUUAUGUCUAUGUGACACGAUGUCGCUACCAUCACUCCAACCUGCGGCUGCCCCUGAUGUACCCGCAUCCUUACAGCCAGAUCACUGUGGAAACGGAGUUCGACAAUCCCCUCUACGAGACAGGGGGGGACACAAGGGAAUACGAGGUGUCAAUAUGAGAAACCCCUUCACCCCUAGGGCAACGAACCCUGACCCAGCCCCCAAACCCUUCCAAAAAAAGGAAUCGAUGUAAAUAUCCAUCCCCCCUCAAAUGCCCCCAAUCCCCCCCCCACCCCCUACCCCGCCACAAAAUCCCCCCCCACCCCCAUACACCUCGCUCUAAGACCACUCACCAAUCUGCCCGCCAUGCGCACAACAGCGGCAGCUACCGCCGGGCUCACGGAGCUGGGGUCCGAACCGAAGAGAGGAGGAGACAGGACUGCAUGGAGGACAAAGAGGAGGCGCUAUGUGCACCUACGCUGGGAGGGGUGGGAGAGGAGGGGGAAGGUGGAGGAAGGAUGCAGAGAUACAGGAGAGUAGUGGAGUGGUUUAAAAACAGCGAAGUGGGCCGGCAGAGCACUCCGAACCCAGUUCGUCCAGUCUCCCGUAGCCUGAGAGGAAGCACUGAGACCGAGGGAUCUGUUGAGGCAGCGGCCCGCUCACUCGCCGCGGGCACAAGCGCCAAAAGCGCUGAGAAAAAAAAAGUGACUGGCACCCGUCACAGCUCUGUCUGUCUGCCAGAGAAAUCUCACAGUCUGGGAUUUACAGAGUAGGCAAACUGCUGUUACCUAUGCGUCUAACGGUGGUAGGCACACAGGCAGAGAGAGAGAGAGAGAGAGAGAGAGAGAGAGAGAGAGAGAGAGAGAGAGAGAGAGAGAGAGAGAGAGAGGGAGAGAGAGAAAGAGGGGAGAGAGAGAGGUUGUUUAUCUGUGUGCCCCCCACCCCCCUCCACCCCACCCUUCCCACUCUUCCUGCCUGCUCUCAUUUUUACAGCUUUGUACUUGGACCGUUUUAGUACAGGUUAUAUUGUAGUAUCUGAUUCCCCUUUUCCUCCUCCCCAUGCAACUGAAAAUGGAAAAAAAAACUACAGAUGAAGUAUUUAUUUUGAUGUAUGUGUGAUGUUUUAUGCCAAGUAAUGUACAUUUUCAUUUCAAAAAUAAAAACAUGUUCCAGAUUUCCCUAAAUAAAUGGUAAAACAAAAUAAAAAAAAACAAUAAAUCUUUUUAAAAACA